GGACGCCUACCACAGCCGGUGCCAGUUGAUUACAACUACAAACUGUUAAGUUAUUCGUGUGAAAAUUAUAACAUUUAAAGGGCAACUCAGUGUGAUUGAAAAUAUAAACGGUUUCAGUGUGAGUUCGAUUAAAUAAAAUUGAAAUAAGUUGCAAAAAAAGAAGUGAUAUAAAACCGGUAGUGAUAAAAUAAUAAUUGUUAUAAUAUAAUUUCGAGUACGCAAAGUCAUAGGUUUUAAAGUUAUAAACACUAAAAAUAAAUAAAAAAUAAAUAAAAACAAAUAAAAAAUAAUAAAAAAAAACAUGACCAACAUACGACAAUUAACGCCAGAGCUAGCUAAACGUGCUCAGAAGGAGUUGGGUGAGGUACCCGAACGUAUCGAUGCUGAUAUACAACAAUUACGCGAUUGGGUUUUGAAACAGCCACAUCUUAACGCCCGCACAGAUGAUCAAUUUCUGGUAGCAUUUCUGCGCGGUUGCAAAUAUAGUGUGGAGAAGGCGAAACAUAAGCUCGAUAGCUACUAUGCAAUGCGUGGCGCUGUGCCGGAAUUGUAUAAGGAUCGUUUUGUUAAUGAUGCAGCAAUUGACAUUCUGCGAUCAGGCGUCUACUUACCUCUGCCCAAACCAAUCGCUCCGGAUGGCCCACGUAUUCAUUUGGCACGCUAUGGCGUUUACGACAGCAGUAAAUAUUCGAUGAGUGAUGUUAUUAAGGUGCGCACAAUGCUUGGUGAAAUACAAUUUCGUGAAGAUGAUAAUGCCAUGAUUAUGGGUUUCAUGGAGGUGAUAGAUUUCAAAGGUAUCGGUGCUGCACACAUUUUCCAAUUCAAUGCGGUAUUGGUUAAAAAAGUCGCCGUACUAGGCGAUAAAGCUUGGCCAUAUCGUCCUAAGGGUUUUCAUUUUAUCAACACUCCUUCAAGCUGUGAAAAGGUUAUGAACAUUGCAAAGAGUAUGAUGAGCGAAAAAAUUAAAAAGCGUUUCCAUAUGCACCCCAAUUUAGAGUCUCUCUACAAGCACAUACCAAAAGAGUCUCUGCCUGCUGAGUAUGGCGGUAGCAAUGGCACGCUGGAGGACGGCAUCAACACAUGGGAAAAGAAAGUGCUUAGCUAUAAGGAAUAUUUCGAAGAGGAAGCGAAAUAUGGCACAAAUGAGAAAUUAAGGCGAGGCAGUCCCGUGAACUCCGAAUCGUUAUUCGGCAUUGAUGGUUCAUUUAGAAAAUUGGAUAUUGACUAAUGUUUUGAUACAAGAUAAGUUAGUAAAAAGGAGAUUUUAGUUUUUUCUUAAUUCUUUAGGAGAAAUUAUCAGUAUUUAUAAAUAAAAGAUGUAUGUGUUUGUAUAAUACAAAGAAUAUGUGCUUGUAUAAUACAAAGAAUAU